AUGUCGUCCCCAGUUAAUAACGCAAGCUUUAGGCUUGAGAAUCUCUUUGGUAUGAAGGGCAAAGUUGCCCUCAUCACUGGCGGUGGGUCAGGUAUUGGCUUGAUGGCCACUCAAUCCUUGGCUGUCAAUGGCGCAAAGGUCUACAUCACUGGCCGUACGAAAGAGAAGCUCGACCGGGUGGUGGAUCUUUACGGAAAGGAUAUUUCUGGGGAGAUAAUUGCGAUUCCCGCCGAUGUCACUUCAAAGGAGUCAAUCCAGAAGCUGGUUGACGAAAUCUCGGCCAAGGAGUCUGAGCUAGAUAUCCUAAUCAACAAUGCCGGUAUCAGCUCUGCAAAGCAGAAUACCGACCAUGAAGACUCCAAAGAGCUCCAGCAAGAACUAUUCCAUAAUACAAGCACAGUCAGCGAUUGGGAGGAUGUCAUGCGAACAAAUGUGAUGCAGCUAUUCUUCGUCACCACUGCCUUCCUACCCUUGCUCAGUAAGAGCACUGAGGAUACAUCUGGAUGGUCUAGCACUGUGAUCAACAUUUCCUCCAUUUCCGGCAUUAUCAAGGAAUCGCAGCAUCACUUUGUUUACAAUGCAAGCAAAGCGGCUGCCAUUCACCUUACGAAGAUGCUUGCCCAUGAGAUCGCCAGCUCGGGCGUCAAGAUUCGAGUGAACAAUAUCGCGCCUGGGGUUUUCCCAUCGGAAAUGACAGCUAAGGAGAGUGGUGAUAAGCAAAAGAGCUCUCUUGAGAAAGAGAAGUUUGAGGGUAAGGUUCCCGCUGGGCGACCCGGAAAAGAUGAGGAUAUGGCUGGAGCUGUGCUUUUCACUGCUUCAAAUCAGUAUCUGAAUGGACAGACCGUUGUUGUCGAUGGUGGCUAUGUGCUAGCGACCGGGUCAGUCUAA